AUGUUUCGUCUGAUUCUCCGGUCUUCUCGUUCAUACCACUCGGUUUCCCAUGCCAACACCAUUGUCAACCCAAAACUGCCCGAGACACUUCUCCUUGGGCAGGCGCUCAAACAUGUGCCCGAGUUGGGUUUCUCGCAAAGAAGCAUUUCUGCUGCCGUCGCUGACUUGAAUAUGCUGGACUCGCUUCAACUGGUUCUUUCUGCCUCUUCUUCUCACUCGCCUGAGUUCCUGCUUGUGUUGUUCUGGCUCAAGAAUCUGCGCCAGCGCUUGUGGGACCACGUGUGCGACAAAGAGCUGCCUUUCCAUAACGUGGCAAACGAGUACGACCGUGCUGCGUAUCUUCUCAAAACGAGACUCUCGUACAACCAGCCAAUUGCCCACCGUAUGAAAGAGGCCCUUGCGCAAUUGGUGGCUCCAUACAACUGGGCUGCCGCACUUGGCGAGCUCCAUAACUUGAGCGAUGAUGUGGCCUUUUACGCCGGCGACGACUCGCACGAUCUGGCCUGGUAUGCCAAGAGACUUGCUCUUUCUUCGAUCUACGUCAAAUCCGAGCUUUUCAUGCUUCAAGACCGCAGCGAGAACUACACUCGUACCGAGGCUUUUGUGGAUUCAAGUGUGGCCAGUUUGAAAGCAGCUGGAGCCGGUUACAAUGCGGUGGAGCAAUGGAGCGCCUUCACUGCCAUCUCGACUGUCAACUUGAUCCGCUCGCAGUUGGCCCGUGGAUAA